AUGUCCUUGGAAGACAGUAGCUCAGACACAGAGUGCGCCAUUUGCUUUAGUAAUUAUGACAAUGUUUUCAAGCUGCCAAAAGUGCUGUAUUGUGGGCACACCUUCUGUUUGGAGUGUCUGGCCCGAAUUAACAUCUCUGCUGAAGUUCCAGAUUCCAUCCUUUGCCCGAUCUGUCGAAAUUAUACCAAAGUUCCUGAAGGCAAGGGCUUGCCAGCUCUUGAUAACAACCAAGAUGUACUAUCCAGCCUCCCAGCAUCUCUUCAGCAUGCACAGUCAGUGCGCUUUAGUCGUGACAAAGGAUGUCUUUAUGUGAACAAACUCUUUCCCCCGUCAUUCCUCAAAGCAGGUCAAAUCAGCACUGUGAGCCUCAGUCUUGAUUUAAGGAACGAGAGACCUCCUCCACAGCCCUUACCUUCACGAAUACUAAACAGCCGCAGAUGCAUUCUUCUUAUCAUCUUUAACAUUGUGCUCCUUGUUGCUGUUACUUUAGUCAUUAUUAUGGUAGGAUCUUUUACAGGACAACAACCACCUCUGCAAAAGCCGCCUGCAGAAGCUUCCACAGAUCCUGACAACAAUUUUACACAGGGGAACUAG